AGAAGAUGUGGCAGGAAUAGUUGGAUAGUUGGAGGGAAGGGUGGUGGUGGGAGGUGAGGUGAGAGAAGUGGAAAGAACGGAGAGAGAUAUUGCGCACCUUCCAGAUGUUAGUGGUCAGAAGGGGUAUAAGAGCUUGCCACCGCUACAUUCGACUGAACCUCUGCAGCCUACUACACAUCAAUCUUGCAGAUAUACAUCGCAACUCACAUCGCUCUCGCUCUCGACCUAAACCAACCAUACGUCCACAUCUGCACCCUACGAGAACCCACCUCUCACCACCAACGACGGCCAAAAUGCGUUACACAGCUGCUUUAAUUGCUCUCCUCGCCACUGCCAUGGCCACCCCGACCCCAACUACCUCCAACAUCUUGCAAAUGCGCUCCGAUCUCCGCCGCUCCGACGCUUGCAUCAUGCCCACGCCUGGCAACAACUGCGCUGGCGCCACCAUGAAGGAUGUCAUUGUCGAAUUCCCGACUGGUAUUGCGAAGGACAAGCAGACGAUGAUGAUUGGUGCGGUUAAGAAUGCUGGAGGGACCAUCCUCUAUGACUGGAAUGAUUUUGGAUUCUCCGCCUACAUCCCCGAGCAAGUCCUCACCCUCAUGAAAGCCCACGGCGACACCUUUGGCAUGAAAGUCUUCGACAACGCAUGCGCCGAGAUCCCGUGGUGUGGCGAAGCUCCUUGCUAGGUGGAGACAAACUCUUUCUCCCCAUGAUCGGUACUCGGAAAGUUCCCGACGGUCGAUGGUCCAUACAUUUGUGCAUGUGUACAUAUGGGAUACGGUUCCUAGGAUUUGGGAAAAUGAUGGAGGUUUUCUGGUUGAGGGAUGGGAUGAUGCCGAUGUGUGCCCGAACUUUCGGCUAUGCAUUCGGAUGGGGGUUUCAUGAUACCAAAAC